AAAGGCGGGUGCGAGCCACACAUUCACCACAAAGACACACACCUCUUCCCUUGAGCAUUCGCUAGGUGAGGCGCUCCGUCCAACUAACCAGAUCCACUCAUGACCGGGAACGUCCCGCAGAAAGAUGGCACUUUUCUCCAGGUAGACCACAAGAACUGCUGUGUGUUUCGGGAUGAUUUAAUCCCCAAGGUGUUGGCACCAGUGUUGGGGCUGGAAUUUGUGUUUGGGGUCCUGGGCAAUGGUGUUGCUCUGUGGAUUUUCUGCUUCCACCUCAAGUCCUGGAAAUCCAGCCGGGUUUUCCUUUUCAACCUGGCAGUGGCUGACUUUCUCCUCAUCAUCUGCCUGCCUUUCCUGACAGACAACUACGUAAGGAAAUGGGACUGGAGGUUUGGGGACAUAGCCUGCCGGUUGAUGCUCUUCAUGUUGGCCAUGAACCGCCAGGGCAGCAUCAUCUUCCUCACAGUGGUGGCCGUGGACAGGUAUUUCCGGGUGGUCCAUCCCCACCAUGCUGUAAACAAGAUCUCCAAACAGACGGCUGCCAUCAUCUCCUGCCUGUUGUGGGGAGUCACCAUUGGCCUGACCUGUCAUCUCCUCAAUAAAGAUUGGCUGACCGAAAACAACGGUGCGUUUUUGUGCAGCAGCUUUAGCAUCUGCAAAAGCUUUGGGUGGCAUGAUGCCAUGUUCCUUCUGGAGUUCUUCUUGCCCCUGGGAAUUGUCCUGUACUGCUCAGCUAGAAUCGUCUGGAGCCUGCGGCAGAGGAAAAUGGACAAGCACGUGAACAUCAAGAGAGCCAUUCGCUUUAUCUUGGUGGUAGCCCUGGUCUUUGUCAUCUGCUUCCUGCCCAGUGUGGCCGUGAGGAUAAGCAUCUUCCGGCUCCUGUACACAGUGGGGAUAGAGGAUUGUAGCUCCUAUCGCUCGGUUGACCUGGCAUUUUUCCUGACUCUCAGCUUCACCUACAUGAACAGCAUGCUGGACCCCCUUGUGUACUACUUCUCCAGCCCAUCUUUCCCCAACUUCUUCUCCUCCAUGAUCAACCGCUGCCUCCGGAAGAAGUCAGCAGGUGAGUCAGAAAAUAACCGGAGCACGAGCCUGGAGCUCACGGAGGACCAGACCACCACCAGGAGUGCUCCGGAGGCUUUAACGGCUAAAUAAGGUGAGCUAUUGAGCCCCCAAUAUGUGACCAGAGCCACUCCUUAAUUAACCCAGCCAAGAAGCAAGAUUGUCACCAAGAACCACAAUCUCCAGAUACACAGUUUAGCUGGGGCACAGAGCAACAUCACCGGACUUGGCCCAAGGUUUCCCGGGACUUCCACAUUCAGAAAAUCAGACUUAGAGUGUGGCCGAGUGAGCCACUUGGUUGGAGGUUGUUACUACAGAAAUCUUGGAGAGAAGGUAGAGGAAAGCUUUUAGGCUUCUGAAACUCUUGCUUAAUCUCUGCCACUCACAGGACUGAAGAUGGCAACGUUUUCAACAUUUCUGCUGACCAGACUCAGAGGCACAGAGAAGCCCAUUGGCACCUGUGACUUGCUGGCCUCCUUGCUUCACUUGCUGAGACUUGGACAAGUCUCAACUCCUGGGGCAACAAUUAGCAUGACUGUGGACUCCAGCUGGGAGAAGAACUGAGUGAUUGGAGGGGAGCUAUGUUUCAACUGGAAGAAGCCUAGACAUCAUUAAACAAGACAAUAGGUCAACUGUGCUUGAGGGGACCAAUUCAUCUUUCAGCCAGGCUGUAGCAGAAA